AUGGCCAGGUUUGGAAUAGAAAUGGAAGCUGGAGAGCCAGGCUUCACCAAAGGGGCAGACACGCGGCUUUGCCCACCGGUGGACACCCAGCGUGGCAAGAUCUCCGACUGCCACGGCGGUAAUUUGGCAGUCGCGGGUGGCAAGGAAAUGGCAGGGGUGCAGUUUGUGGCUCUCCUGGUAUUUUCGGCUGCGAUGCAGCAGGGAGUCACCAGUUCCAGCACCAGAGCUCAGGAGCUCAGGGGUCGUGGAGGGGCUGCCUUUACACCCCGCUCGCUGCACCGAAGGUCUGGCUCCUGGGAUCGCCGGGCGAGGGACAGCCAGUUCAGCAGUGCUGUGGAGCGCAGGGACGGCAAGAUGGUUGAACCUGUGGUUAAACCCAAGCCAACAAAGAGGGGGGGUGAGAAGAAUGCCGGCAAAUCAAGAAGGAAGAAGAACAAAGGGAAGAACAAAAAGAAAGGGACUCCCUGUGAAAUGGAAUACAAAAACUUUUGCAUCCAUGGUGAAUGCGUAUACCUAGAACAUCUCCAGAUGGUGACCUGCAAGUGUCAUCAGGAUUUUUUUGGUGAGCGCUGUGGUGAACAGUUCAUGAAGACUCAAAGGAAGAAUGAUGUGGCAGACUACUCAAAGACUGUGUUGGUAGUGGUAGCUGUCCUGCUCUCAAGCAUCAGCUUCAUUACUGUACUAAUCAUUGUGAUAGUGCAGGUCAGAAAAAAGUGUCCUCAGUACGAAGAGAAAGAAGAAAGGAAAAAACUUCGACAAGAAAACAGAAAUGGCCAUGUUGGUGUGUAA